UCCAGCAGGCAUUGUGGCAGUGCUGAGGCAGUGCCCUUCGUUGGUGGCUGCAGCAGUCCAGGCCUUUCACCUGCGAGAGCCUGUGGAUUUACGAGCGUGUGGCUCUUUUCAGACUUUCCCUCCAGACGAGCGUGUGGUGACCAUAGUUACUUCACAGUGUGUUUAUAUGCACAGCUGGUGCAGCGGAAGUUUGUUCUGGAUAGAUGCAGUGGAUACACGCUGCCCCUCCCAUCUCACCCUCAAUACAAAGCCUAUGAACUGGGCAUGAAGCUGGGAGAAAUGGAAGGAUCUGCUAAAUACUUGGAAGUGCUGCACAGGGCAGAAGAUUACUUCCAACAGUCUGUUACCAAGCCAGAAAGCUCUUUUGAAGUGAGCCCAGGUGAUGAAAUCUUGACAGUGCUACAGACAACAACUGUUGAUUUGAAGGAAUUUGAGAGAGAAGCAGCUUGUCUUCCUCCAGAGGAUGAUGACAGUUGGCUGGAGAUUACAGCAGGUGAUCUAGAUCAGAUGCUGAAGGAGGCAAGAAAUGAGUCCCUUCCUUCCUCAAAUGAGGAAGAGCAGAAACACGACUUGGAAGCAGUUGCUGAAAGGGCAGACUCAGAAGAGCUGGAUUCUGAUGAUCUGGAUGAAGAGGAAGAGUUUGAUUUCUCGAGUGAGGAUGAUGAAGACUUAGAUGUGGAAGAUCAAAGUCAAGACCAGAAGGUGCCACCUAAUGAGCUUAUAGGCAGUCUCAAGUCAUACAUGAGUGAGAUGGACAGUGAACUGGCGCAUAACAACGUUGGUAAAAGUUUCACCAUCCAAAAGAAAGGGAUGGGACAAUCUCUGCCUGGCUGCUUGACUCGUUGAGAGGAUGACUCCCUGGGAUACCCCCGGAGAUUUCUCUUGGAGGGACUCCUCGUCCCAUCCGGAUCGCUUCAGGUGCAGACAAGGACUACUUGAGCAAUAAGAUUUUUCAAAUGACUGGCAACACAGGAUGAUGCAUCAGCUGUCGUUGGAAACAAUAUACCAUUUACCAAUAUGCUGGUAUUUGAGAGCAGGGAAAAGGCAUGCUUUUCACCAUAGCUUAAGCCUGAGAGGGUGGUGUCUUUUUUUUUUUUUUUUUUUUUUCCUGUGCCGUUCACUUAAAAAAAUACAUUCUGUGUCAUAAAACCCUACCUGCCUAACUUUGCCUUGUAACAGUAGUGACUAUAAAUGCUGAGGAAAUGAGCGCUCCACCUUUUAUCAGAGAAUUCUCCUUGUAUUUGCUAUGUAAUACAAGGAAGGGGUAUCUGUGAGGCACAUAAAUGAAGACCUGUUUCAAAGCGCCAGGUAAGGCUGUGGGAAGGAUCAACUGCUUGUUAGAGGCUUAGCAUCUGCUGUGAAGCCUGCAGAGCAGCAACAUGUAUUACAUUUUGUGGUUUGUUUGUAAUUACUGUAUCAAGCCACUUUGAAUUGAAUGUGUGAUUAUCUGUGUAUUUGGCAAGUGCCAGAGACACCUUGAUUGAUCUGUGGUAUGUGGCCAGCUCAUGUCCAAGAAUUCCUUAGGUCUUCAUUUCCUUGGGUUUACUUGAUAACUCCUUGCUAAAUAAGGCUGGAAAUGAUUUUCUGUUGCCAAAUUCUGUUGUGGCUGUUGAACUAUCUAUAUUAAAAAAAAAACAAAACAA